AGGGGUCCUGGACUCCUGGUUGCGGGCGUGUUUGGAGUCUGAUACCGGUAACCGGUGUACGUACACGAUUCCGAGUUUGAAUCCGUUAUCUCUACGCUCCAACCCUUGCUUGUACCAGGAUAUGGUUACGUAUUCCGAUUGAAUCUUCCACCGUGUUGUUGUUCGAUCUCCCCGGCGUGAAGAUUCCGCUGCUCGACUAGGGCAUUGCGGACUCGACGGAGAGGCGGAUGGCCUACCUCCCCGACGACCUCGUCGUCGAGAUCCUCUCGCGUCUGCCGGCCAAGUCACUCUGCCGCUUCAGGUGUGUCUCCAAGUCUUGGCGCGCCCUCAUGUCCGACCCCGCCCACAGGCACAGGUUCGCGCACACCGCGGCCUGCUUCUUCUUCUGCCGCCGCGAUGCCAGCAUCCCGGCCUGGGGCUUCGUCACCGCCGACGGAGACGGUGUCCUGCCUCAUGUCGACUCGGCGCUCUCCUUCUUGCCGGCCUCGAGCUGCCCGAAGAUCGAGCUGCUCGACUCCUGCAACGGGCUUCUCCUCUUGCGCUGCUCACCGGCCACUGCCGCCGCCGCCGGCCUUCUACGCCGUGUGCACAGGGGCGUCGCCCUGCCACAGACGAGCGUCGAGCCCGGAUUCGACGACUUCCACACGAGGGCGCACUGGGCGGCGCUGGGCUUCGACCCAUCCGCCUCCCCGCAUUUCCACGUCUUCCAGCUCGAGGAGGAGGAGCGCAUGUACAAUUACUACGUCAGUGCGGUGGAGAUCUACUCGUCGGAGACCGGCGCGUGGGUAAAUAAGAAAAGCGGGUGGUGCCGCGGGCUCGAGCUGGCCGGCCACAUGACCUACCUCAACGGCUUCCUGUACGUCACCACGUUGCGCCACGCCAAUGCCAUCGCCGCGGUGGACACCAAGGCCCAUGCGUGGAGGACCAUCGGCUCACCGUCCCGGCGGUCCACCUACUACGGCAUCGUCAGCCACUCGCAAGGCCGCUUGAUCUACGUGCAAGUCCACCACAGACGAACGGAUGCCCAGCUGGUGAUCUAUGCUCUUGAGGAUGAUCAUGACAGCGAGGAGAGGACUCUGAGGAACAGGGUAACAAUUGACGCUCUGUUUGGGCCAGAGGAGUUGCCGUAUGGGCUGGAAAGGCUUGUAGUUGCGGUUCAUCCCAACUGCGAUAGGUGUUUCUUCUACGAUCGUCUGAAGAGGCUCAUGUCCUGUGAUGUGAAGGAGGGGCGUGUGCAUGUCAUAUGCACUCUUGAAGGUGUCGACGACGACGAAACUCGCCCCUUUUUCUUGUAUGUCCCAUCGUACUCUGCUGGGACGUUAGAUCGCCAGAUGUCGAGUAGGAGUGUUACGAUCUCCGGUACAGGCCUCACAAACUGA